AUGGGACUUAUGAAUAGACCAGCUGCUGGCACAAAUCUUUCUGAACCUUUCGCCAUCGGGGAUGAUGAGGAGCGAGUAGAUUAUGAAGGCUCCUCAAUUGGUGACGCAGCUGACGAAGAUAGAGAUGAUGAUGAGGAUGCUGACGUUGGUACCAUGCCAGGUGAUGACGCGGGGGACGAUGAGCAUAAUUCUAUGGAUGAUAUAACCCUUUUUGAUGAUGCUCCCAAGGUCCCAUCCGAUAAGGCAUCGGGUUAUAAUCCUUUUCACAUCUCUGGUAAGCCUAGUUUUCUUCGAAUUCUUCCACAUGUUCUUUCCUCGUUCCGACCCUUUUUUCGUGUAGGUUCGCCUCCUACCAAGACUACUGCUGCUACUACUUCGGAGCAGGAUCCUGCGCAAGUGUCAGCUCCUCCACAAGAGCAACACUUGCCUGGCUCAUCCACAGUGGCUGUUACUGUAACUCCUCCUCCUGAACCGCAGGUCGCGCAGGUGUCAGCUCCUGCGCACGAGUAG